AUGGCAAGAGUCAAUAUCGAUCUGGCAAACGACACUAAAAUUCUUGCAAGAGCUAGCAAGGAAGAUAGUGCAGUCAUGAGAAUCAUUGCAGUCGAGACCAGAAAGGACAGCUCUUCAAUGAAGACUAUUGCAAUUCUGGGAAUGCUCUUCCUACCUUCCACUUUUCUCGCGUCCCUCUUCCAAGGACCAAUGAUGAGCUGGGAUGCCAAGGGGCGCCCUGUUACUACUGCCAUGUUCAAAUACUUCUGUGCUAUUGCUGUUUCUCUAACGCUCUUGUUUUUUUCUGUGUGGGUUGUAGCGACGCUGUUACCCUGGGAGAAAUUGCUCUAUAAAAGGCGGCGAGCACCUGCCGCGAAGGAUUCUUAUUCUCUUGAGCAUAUUGCUUCCCAUAGCUUAGAGAGUGGCUGA